UCCUCCGCGAGGACCCCUCUUGCUCUGGCGAUGCCGCGCGCGCCCAGGUGCCGGGCGGUGCGCGCCCUGCUGCGGGACCGCUACCGGCUGGUGCUGCCGCUGGCCGCCUUCGUGCGGCGCCUGGGGCCCGAGGGCCGGCGGCUCGUGCGGCGCGGGGACCCGGCGGCCUUCCGCGCGCUGGUGGCUCAGUGCCUGGUGUGCGUGCCCUGGGAUGCGCAGCCGCCCCCCGCCGCCCCGUCCUUCCGCCAGGUGUCCUGCCUGAAAGAGCUGGUGGCCAGGGUGGUGCAGAGGCUCUGCGAGCGCGGCGCCAGGAACGUGCUGGCCUUCGGCUUCGCGCUGCUGGACGGGGCCCGCGGCGGGCCGCCCGUGGCCUUCACGACCAGCGUGCGCCGCUACCUGCCCAACACGGUGACGGACACGCUGCGCGGCAGCGGCGCCUGGGGGCUGCUGCUGCGCCGCCUGGGCGACGACGUGCUCACCCACCUGCUGGCGCGCUGCGCGCUCUACCUGCUGGUCCCCCCCAGCUGCGCCUACCAGGUGUGCGGGCCGCCUCUCUAUGACCUCUGCCCGGCCGGCGCGGCCGGCACACGCCCCGGCCUCGCGCUCCCGCGCCGGGCCUGGGACGGCGGCCACGCGGAGGCCGGGGCACCCCGGGAGCGGCCGGCGCAGGGCGCGAGGCGGCGUCCAGGCAGCGCGGGGGCACGUCCGCCUCCAGCCAAGAGGCGCAGGCGCGGCCUGGGUCCCGAGCGGGGUCCCGAAGGGCAGGCGCCCGGGCCCCGGCCUUGCGCCGAGACCAAGCAGUUCCUCUACGGCUCGGGCAGCAGAGAGCGGCUGCGCCGCUCCUUCCUGCUCUGCUCCCUGCCCGCCAGCCUGGCGGGGGCCCGGAGGCUCGUGGAGACCAUCUUUCUGGGCUCCAAGGCCCGGCCGCCGGGGGCCCGCCGCGGGGCGCGCCGCCUGCCCGCGCGCUACUGGCGGAUGAGGCCCCUGUUCCGCGAGCUGCUCGAGAACCACGCGCGGUGCCCCUACGGCGCGCUGCUCCGGGCGCACUGCCCGCUGCGGGCCCGCGUCUCCCCGGCCGCGCCGCGCGGGCAGGGCAGCCCCGAGGGCCCGGCAGCGCCGCCCGAGGCGGACGCGGGCUCGCGGCGCCUGCUCCAGCUGCUGCGGCAGCACAGCAGCGCCUGGCAGGUGUACGGCCUCCUGCGGGCCUGCCUGCGCCGGCUGGUGCCCGCCGGCCUCUGGGGCUCCCGGCACAACGAGCGCCGCUUCCUGAGGACGGUGAAGAAGCUGCUGUCCCUGGGCAAGCACGGCAAGCUCUCGCCGCAGGAGCUGACCUGGAAGAUGAAGGUGCAGGACUGUGCCUGGCUGCGCGGGAGCUCAGGUGUCCACCUUCACGGACCUCCAGGCUUACAUGCGACAGUUUGUGGAGCACCUGCAGGCGGCGGGCUCGCUGAGGGACGCCGUGGUCAUCGAGCAGGUCAGUGUGGGUGCCACUCAACACGGAUCGGGGGCAGCUGUGGACACCCCGGGGCCGGCAGGGACCUGCUCCCGCCUUUGGCCACGUGUUUUCUCUCUGGGGGGCCUCAGGCACCCUCCGCUCUCAGUUUUGGUCUCGAGGCCACAAAGAGGCGAGUCCCCUUCCUCUCGGAGGACAAAAGGGUUUGCUCCAUAGACCUGACUCGAACUGGCCGGUCACGGGGACCCGUCUCCUUGUGUGAGCUGCGCGCCCCCAAGCCGCGUUCGCCGGUGGUGGGUCGGGCCUCGCCGCCCCGAGCUUUGUGCACAACAGUGUCGGGGCGACUGUGCCACCACGUGAGGCUCCCGGACCCCGGACGCCUUCCUUUGGGUCUGGAGGCGCCACCGCGUGCCGUCUGGCCGGACCCCCAGCUGACCGCGCCUGCCUCUGCAGAGCUGCUCCCUGAACGAGGCCGGCAGCAGCCUCUUCGAGCUCUUCCUGCGCCUGGUCCACAACCACGUCGUCAGGAUUGGGGGCAGGUCCUACGUCCAGUGCCAGGGGGUCCCCCAGGGCUCCAUCCUGUCCACGCUGCUCUGCAGCCUCUGCUACGGAGACAUGGAGAGCAGGCUCCUCCCCGACAUCCAGCGGGACGGGUACGGACCCACGCGUCGCGGCUGUUGCUUUGCCCGGGGCCGGUUUGUAUUUCUGGUCCUGGAUGUAGACGGGGCUGCGCCCUUUCUUCUCGUAACGGCGCACGGGAGGUGGCCAGCAGGCCUCGAGCGGGGAGUGACGUGGCUCCCGGCGUGGCCUCCCGGCGGACCAGCACUGAGCUCGCGUGCUCCCGGCCCGAUCGCGGGGCCCCUGCUCGACGCUCCCGGCUGAGCCGGAUCCCACAGGAACCGAAGCCUUCGUUCAGGUUCUUUGCAGAAGGUCACUGUAUCCGCGUCCCUGUGAACUCGGACGUUGAAGUCCUCGGCGUUGGCCCGUGGGGGAGGAUGUGGCGUGUGGGCGUAGAGCAGCCUGUUGAGGGUCGCCCCUCAUCCCGGGGUCUCUCCGUGUCCAGGGUGCUCCUGCGCUUGGUGGAUGACUUCCUGCUGGUCACCCCUCACCUGACACAGGCCAAAGCCUUUCUCAGGACCCUGGUCCGCGGCGUGCCCGAGUACGGCUGCCUGGCGAACCUGCGGAAGACGGUGGUGAACUUCCCCGUGGAGGACGGCGCCCUGGGCGGCGCGGCCCCCCUGCAGCUGCCGGCGCACUGCCUGUUCCCCUGGUGCGGCUUGCUGCUGGACACCCGCACCCUGGAAGUGCGUUGCGACCACGCCAGUUACGCCCGAACCUCGAUCAGAGCGAGCCUCACCUUCAACCAGGGCUUCAAGGCCGGCAGGAACAUGCGUCGCAAACUCUUGGCGGUCUUGCGGCUGAAGUGCCACGGGCUCUUCCUGGACCUGCAGGUGAACAGCCUAGAGACGGUUUUCACAAACGUUUACAAGAUAUUCCUGCUGCAGGCCUACAGGUUCCACGCGUGUGUGCUGCAGCUCCCGUUUCAUCAGCCGGUCGGCAGGAACCCCUCGUUUUUCCUGCGGCUCGUCGCUGACACCGCCUCCCGCUGCUACGCUCUCCUCCUUGCCAGGAACGCAGGGAUGGCGCUGGGGGCCCAGGGCGCCGGCGGCCCGUUUCCCUCCGAGGCCGCGCACUGGCUCUGCCUGCACGCCUUCCUGCUCAAGCUGGCGCGGCACCGCGCCGCCUACAGCCGGCUCCUGGGGGCGCUGCGCGCAGCCAGAGCCCGGCUGUGCCGCCGGCUCCCGAGGGCCACUCUGGCCGCCCUGGAGGCCGCGGCCGACCCGGCCCUGCCCGCAGACUUCAAGACCAUCUUGGACUGACGCGCAGCGCUGCCCGCAGCCGGCGGUGCGCCCCGGAGCCCCGGGGGGCGGGGGCGGCGGCUGCACGGCGAGGCCGGGGCCCUCCCCGCGAGACCCCGGGGACGCCG